AUGGCAGAAACUUCAGACCCUCCAACGAAGCCGGAGGAAGAAUGCCGACUCCUGGGGAAAUUUGAUUUACGUGGCUAUGUAGAUGCUGAGGAAGCCAUGCACGUUAUAGGAGGCAUGUUCCCAAUACACUUCAGGACCAUCCUUGAGGAAGAUCCAACAAGUACACCUCCAAAUUCACCAAAAUGUGAAGGGUUUAAUUUUCGAGGUUACCGUUGGGUCAAAGCAAUGAUACAUGCCAUCAAAGAUAUUAAUAAAAGAAAUGAUAUUCUACCAAACAUAACUCUCGGCUAUCAAAUCUAUGACACAUGUUUUACAAUGUCCAAGACAGUGGAGAAUUCUUUGUCAUUCCUCACCGGUCAAAAUGAAACCACUCCUGUCUUCCGAUGCAGUACCGGUGCUCCUUUAGCCGCAAUUAUUGGAGCUGGUGGAUCAACUCUUUCCAUUGCUUCCUCAAGAAUCCUUGGACUUUACUAUUUCCCUCAGGUUGGUUAUGCGUCCUCUUCUUCACUUCUAUCUGAUAAAUAUCAGUUCCCAACCUAUCUCCGCACUAUUCCAAGCGAUAAGGUACAGUCACAAGGGAUGGCUAAUUUAAUUCACCAUUUUGGUUGGAGAUGGAUUGGAACCAUUGCUGCCGAUGAUGAUUAUGGGAAAUAUGGUGUCAAAGCUUUUAAAGAAGCUGUUGAGAACCUUUAUACCUGCAUUGCCUUCUCGGAAACAAUUCCUAAAAUAUAUAACAGGGACAAGAUCAAAUCGGUUGUUGAAAUUGUGAAAGAAACCAACGCUACAGUCAUUGUGGUUUACUCUUCUGAUAUUGACUUCCAUCCACUAGUUGAAGAGCUUUUGAUUAGUAAUAUCACUGGCAAAACAUGGAUAGCAAGCGAGGCAUGGGUGACUUCAGCCUUAAUUGCUAGACCUGAAUAUUUUCCGCUUCUUGGUGGGGCAAUUGGCUUUGGGAUACGAAGGGGUGAAAUUCCAGGCUUCCAGGAAUUUCUUCUAGACGUAAACCCAAAUAAGGAUCCCAAUGAUAUGACAAUCGAAUUUUGGCAGUCAGCAUUCAACUGCACCUGGCCUGGUGUCAACAUAUCAUAUAAUACAGACAACCGGAAAAAUGUAACUGGUCACGAGAACAUUGUCAAUUUUUUCUCAGAUGAGUUAUGCACUGGAGAGGAGAAACUUGAAGAUCUUAACAAUACAUAUUUGGAUACUUCAGAACUUAGAAUAACAUAUAAUGUCUACAAAGCAGUUUAUGCUGUUGCUUAUGCCCUUGACCGAUUGCGCUUGUGUAAAACUAGUGGCCAAAAAGGACCCUUUAUUUCUGGGCCAGAUUGUGCCACCAUAGAUGAGUUUGAACCCUGGCAG